AGCCACGGCGGCUCCAGCGCGCGACUCUCGGACGCGCCGCAGUGCGCCGUCGCCAUGUCAGGCUUCCUUCUGGCGUUUGCCUGGAUUUUCAUGUGGUGUGCCAAAGCCAUCCGAAAUCGACAUGAGGACGAGAAGCUGAUGCCCAAUGGAGCGCUGGACGGGGCGAUGGAAAGCGCGGGGCCAUCGGCGUGGCUGGAAGAGGACUGGGGCAGUACGUCCGCAGCAGCUUGCGGCCACGUGACGAAUGCGACGAACCUCGAGGGCCUCCAGCUUCAUUGUGAGAAGUACCUGAAGAAGAUCCGAGAGCUUUUUCAGGUGCCUCGCCCAGAAGAGAUCCUGGAAAUGAAUCACAUCAACCUUUCAACCGCCGAGGAAGGGACGGGGCAAAGCGGCGCAAAGAUGCUGUUCAGCAAUGACAAGAAGUUCAUCAUCAAGACCAUGUCAGCUCGGGACCUGGGUGCCUUUCUCAACGUCGUGGAGAAGUACACGGCUUACAUGACCAUGCAUGCCAGUGAGUCUGCGAUGAUGAGGUACUAUGCCAUCUUAGAGGACGAUCGUGGAGGCUUUUGGCUGAUCGCCAACAAUUGGCUUCCUGUGGAGUUCCCGGUGCUGUUCGACUUGAAGGGGUCGAUGGUGGGGCGCACGAAUGGCAUCACCGAGAGCGAUCAAAAGGACAAGGACUGGCUAAAGCAAAACCUCGCUUUGGUCUUGCCCCCGGGUGAGCGCGCGGUGGCCCUUCAAUCGCUCAAGAAGGAUAGUCUUUGGCUCGCACGCGCGAAGCUGAUUGAUUACUCCUUGAUCGCGGGGCUGUUGUACUACCAACUGGAUGCUUGCGAUGGGCCAAGCCAAGCUUGGUGCAUUGCGCCGGUGUGCCAUCCAAAAGGUGGCUGCGGGGAAGCGGCAUACACAUUGGGCGAGUACUUCAACCAGAUCAAGGACUUCUAUUGCGAGGAGACUUCGGUGAAAGAGAAGCAGUUUGGACACACCUGCGUGGGAGGCAUCACCAGCAGCUUAAAGGUCUACUUCCAGUGCUUCGGCAUCAUCGACCUCCUCAAGCCCUUCGACAUGAAGAGCCGAGCGGAGUAUACCGUGAAGGCAGGCUGGGGACGGCAGAUCUCAGCGCAGCCGGCCAACAGCUAUGCCAGACGCUUCGAUCAGUUCAUGGUUGAGAAGGUCUUCCGCAAAAGCUGGUCUGACUCCACGGCGCCCUUGGUCUUUACGGACCAGACCUGCCUUGACUGGGGCAGCAUUGACAUGUGGGGUGACUAGGUGAGGGUUCCGCCGAGCGGAGUCCGAAGUCGGAGCGACCGCGGGGCGCCGGACGGCGCCGCGGAACCGGCCGAAACAGACGGGAGUUGGCGCAGAUAGCGGGGAUGAGCCGGGAUGGGGGUUUAUAGUGGUUUUCAGGGUGAUGGUCCUGCAACAAGAUACAGGCACAUCAAUGUCAAUCAGGAAUUUUAAAACAUACUUUGGUUUUGUUGAUGUAGGCCCAAUUAAGGUGGGUGCAGAGAUGUGCAGAGCCUAGAGAUCAG